UGGAAUCUAAUUAAUUAAUUAACUUCUACGAGAACCCCAAAUCUAAGAAAAAACUCAAUUCUAAGUCUCUCUCUCUCUCAUUUAAAAGCCUUCAAUGCCAAACAGAAACUUCAAUUCAGAGAGAGAGAAUCAGAUGAAACAUGUCCGAACGCCAAUCCCUCAUCCUGAUUCUCUCACUCAUCACCACCGCAGCUCAAAUUCUUGUAAAUCCCACAAAUGCCGCUGCAUUUACCCAAAAUUUCAAAGAAGCCCCACAGUUUUACAACUCUGAUGAUUGCCCCUCAAUCGUCUCCGGCGAAUCCAACGCCGCCGGAGAAGAAUCCAUCUUCUGCUCCGACCAGGCCGUCCAUGUCACCAUGACCCUCGACGGCGCCUACAUCCGCGGCUCUAUGGCCGCGAUCCUCUCAGUCCUCCAACACUCCUCCUGCCCGGAAAACGUAGUCUUCCACUUCAUCGCCUCCGCCUCGAACGACGGCGCGUGGAACCUACGCGCCACCGUUUCCGCCUCGUUCCCUUACCUGAAAUUCAAGGUCUACGUCUUUGACGACUCCGCCGUCUCCCGCCUCAUCUCCACCUCCAUCCGCUCCGCCUUAGACUGCCCUCUCAACUACGCCCGGAGCUACCUCGCCGGAAUCCUCCCGCCGUGCGUCCGCCGCGUCGUAUACCUCGACUCCGACCUCGUCCUCGUCGACGACAUCGCAAAACUCGCCGCCACUGACCUCGGACCCGACCCGGACACCGUCCUCGCCGCACCAGAAUACUGCAACGCCAACUUCACCUCCUACUUCACGACAACCUUCUGGUCAAACCCCACACUGUCGUUGACUUUCUCCGACCGGAGCCGGAGACCCUGUUACUUCAACACCGGAGUCAUGGUGAUCGACCUGUCGCGAUGGCGAGCUGGCUCGUACACGGAUCGUAUAGAGGAAUGGAUGGUAAUGCAGAAGCGUACGAGGAUCUACGAACUGGGAUCGUUACCGCCAUUUCUGCUCGUUUUCGCGGGUCGGAUCGGACCGGUGGAUCACCGGUGGAACCAACACGGUCUCGGCGGCGACAAUUUCCGGGGACUAUGUCGGAAUCUGCAUCCGGGUCCGGUGAGUUUGCUCCAUUGGAGCGGGAAAGGGAAGCCGUGGGCGCGGUUGGACGCUGGUCGUCCGUGUCCGCUCGACGCGCUUUGGGCGCCAUACGAUCUCUUGCAAACGCCGUUCGUGUUGGACUCAUGAUCGAUGGUUAAUUAAUGGCCAGUAAAUAACAUAUAUAAUUUUUUUUCAAAAAAAAAAAGAGAGGCUCGAUAUUGGGAUUUCCAAUUGAGCAAAACGAAUUUUUGUUUCGGGUGUGUAUUUUUAAAAUAUACGGAUUUUUUCCUGUAUAUUAAAUCGAAAAUUUUUUCUUGUUCAUCCGUAGAAAAUAUAUAAUAAAACAAGGAGAAGAAAGCUUUUCUUCUUCUAUCUGUUC